GUUGCUAAGGGAGGAAGUACUUCCAGGGGGAUCGGAAGCGCUUCCUGGAAGCGAGGUUGGGCUUGGGUUGGAGAAACAGAGUAUUCCAAUUUUGUUGGAAGUGUACUUAAGGACCUCACCAUGGCUGCUGAGUUGGAUUUUUCACCCCCUGAAAUCCCAGAGCCUACAUUUAUGGAGAACAUCUUACACUAUGGCCUUUUCUUUGGUGCCAUUUUCCAACUCAUUUGUGUUCUGGCAAUAAUCGUCCCUGUUCCAAAGACCUAUAAAAUGGAUACUGAAAGCUUUGAGACAAAAAAUGCUGAAGUAGUCAAGAAACCCAAAACUGCCACUAUCUCAGUGAACAAGAAGCUGAAAAAAGAAACAAAGAAGAAACGGUAAAAUGGUAUCAUGAUGAAAUUUUCACAGCAACCUUAUGGCAACAAAUCAAAUUAUAUUGAAGAUGACACUGGCGAAAAAUGAACAUCAAAGAUAUGUGAUAAAGCUGUGCUUAUUCUAGUUUUGAGGAAGUAGAUAUACUUUUUAAAACGGCUUCAGGUUUAUUGUUUCAUCUGAUCUGUAGCCUAUAAGGUUAGUGAGAAACAUCUUACAGUUUGCUUCAGUAAGAAGAAAAAAACAUUUCCUUGGGCAGUGUUUGGGGGACAACUGGAUCACAGGCAUGGCCCAUCACACUGCCCUUUUCCAUGUUUUAAGCAGUGGGAUCAAGCACUACUACUACUACUUUUGUAUGCUGUUAAUAUAAUUGAUUCUAUAACCUUAUUGUUAUCCUUUCAUUUUCUUUUAUUAAAAAAUGAGUCCUGAUAA